CGUACAAAUUAUAAGCCUACUUCGGUUAUAUUUUAUUAACUGACAAUUAUGUAUUCAUGACAUGCAGAAGGUGUACAGAACUAAGUACAGACUUAAAAAAUAUCUGUAUAUAUAGAAUAUUAUCGAAUUGUUCUUUUCAAAAAGAUAAGAUACAUACAACUUUAUGUAUUUAUUAUGAUCUAAGAUUGCAAUUGAUUACAUUUUUCUGUGGUUCUUAAAUUAUUUUUAUUAUGGCUCUUAGAUCAUUUUUACAUCUAAAUAAUAACAUGAAUAAAUGUAUUUUUACAAUUGUACAGCUUAAAUUUAAAACAUAUGUGGCUCAAGAAUAUGCACAAAUUAGGAACUUUAGUAAACUAGCAGUCAAAAAAAGAUUAUCGAAAUCUUCUAUAACAAAAAAUUUUCGUAGACCUGAAAGUAAAAAUGGUUUUAAAAUAUUGAAACCAUUCACCUUUACAAUUAUGUUUAGUGGAGCAACAUUUAUUGGUGCUGUCAUUUGGGAAUAUGAGGGUAUCAGAGAACGAACACACAGGAUGAUCAGAAGUUAUAAGCAAUGGGGAAUACAUCGAACAGGAUGGAGAGGUGCAAUGCAAGAUUGGUGGGAUAGUUUAUCAGAAGGAGAAAAGAUAUUUGUUCCUAUAUGUUUCUUAAAUAUCCUGGUAUUUUUAUCAUGGCAUAUACCUGCAUUUCGAACAACAAUGAAUCAAUAUUUUUGUAGCAGUCCUGCAUCUAGUGCUUUAUGUUGGCCUCUACUAUUGUCUACAUUUUCUCACUAUUCUCUUCUUCAUUUAAUGGCCAACAUGUAUGUAUUACACAACUUCUCUACUUAUGCUGUAAAAACAUUGGGCAAAGAACAAUUUGUGCUACUUUAUUUAGUUAGUGGAGUGUUAUCUGGUUUUACUAGUCAUUUGUACAAACUUGCAAUGGGUUUCCAAAAUCCUUCAUUAGGAGCUUCAGGAGCAGUUAUGGGCAUUAUUGGAUAUAGUUGCAUUGCAUCUCCAGAUAUCUAUCUUUCUAUUAUUUUUUUUCCUAUGCUCAAAUUUAAAGCAAGUACGGCCAUUAAGGUAAUAUUGGGAGUUGACGUAAUGGGAUGUCUUUUGCGAUGGCAGCGUUUUGAUCAUGCAGCACAUUUGGGUGGAGCAUUAUUUGGAAUUUUUUGGCAAUUAUGGGGAAGUGCCAAUAUAUGGCAAAAACGUGAACCAGUAUUAAUGUUUUGGCAUCAAUUACGUGAAAAAUCAGGAUCUCGUUAAUGUUUCUUUAGUGUAUAACUAUUAUUUCUAUACCAAUUUUGAAAAUUGGAAAUUUAAAAAUUGUAAAAAAUCAAAUAAAGUAUGUAUAAAUUAUAUAAGGA